GUGGUACACUAUAACUUCAACUCCGCCCAAACGAAUACGUACCGUUCACCUCCCUCAUAUCCACUGUCGCCCUCGUUGCGCACUUCUCCUAACUAUGUCUGUCCAUCUUAUUCCCAACAAUGCGUUGGGUUUCAACAGACCUUUCACGCAGCUCGUCAAGCAAGUUCUAACUAUCACAAAUAAAAAUGCACAACCAGUAGCAUUUAAAGUUAAGACUACAGCACCCAAGUUGUACUGCGUACGACCAAACUCUGGGAGGAUAGAGCCUGGUGAAAGUGUCGAUGUCUCCGUAAUGCUACAACCGAUGAAAGACGAACCACCUCUAUCGACUAAGUGCAAGGACAAGUUCCUAAUUCAAAGUACCCUCAUCACGCCCGAAAAGGAGACCAGAGACCUACAGGAAUUCUGGAACGCGCAAGCAGGUGCUGGAGAUGAGUGGAGAGUUUAUCAACAAAAACUCCGUGUUGUAUACCUCCCGCCUGAAGGACAAACUGUUGAAGAGGAGGACGAGGGACAUGUGGAGCCCCCUAUGCCUUCCCGCCCUUCUGCAGAGCAGCCUGGUGGGCCAUCUACUUACGCAACUCUUAAGGAUUCAGAGCCACGCCCUGCUCCACAUAUGCCAGAAUUCUCUUACGAUGACCCUGUUCAAGUUGCACCGCUCGUGCAACCUCAGCGCUCCGCCACACCGCCUGCACCGGAGCGAGAAGUGAACAGUUCUCAAGAGGCUGCUUUCUAUCGGGAGGAAUUUGAUUUCCAGAGAUCUACCAGUGGUGGAGUCGGCGUUGUGAACGUCAAUGUGCAUUCACCUUCACCGCCACCCUCUCCUCCAGCUGCACGGGUGCUCCCGAUCAACCAAGAGUUGGAAGCGAAGUAUAUUGCAGCUCAAGACGAGAUACAACGGCUUCGGGAUCUUCUUGCGGCUGUGCCGGAUCCCAGCUCUCUAGCGCCAGAGUCAAUUGCACCUACCUCGAUCGCACCCUCGGACUUCAGGAGGCGACAUACAUCUGCACUCUCAGACGACGGAGAGACGUAUGCGGGAUCUGACGUCGGUACCAUGGUGGAGCAUGAGAGCGUUAUCCACCAGGAAGGCGUUCCACUACAGGUGGUUGUUAUUAUUGCGCUUGGCGUUUUUAUCACAACGUAUCUAUUUUUCUAAGUACUUAGCUGAGCAGGAACGUGCUCCUUUCAUCCCUUUCCUCCGUCGAACCCUUCGGGCUCGCUGAGGUCAUUUCGGGCAGCACAUGCCACGCAUCAUAUACAAUAUUUUCGGUUGGUGAUAUGAAAGGGGUAUUGGGGAGUGUUGUUGCAGUUAUCAUGACUUUGCGCAUUUAUCACCGAGUUACAUAGUACGUUAGCAUUUUUUCUUCCUUGUCCUGUUCUGCUUAGUGUUAUCAUUCUGUGCACUGCUAUAUAUAUAAUCCGAUUUAAAUAACGAGACUAGGAGCUGGUUUAUGUGCACGUGUUCUAUACAGCGCCACCGCGUCAUCUAUCAUCAUUCGGCAAUUCCCGAUUGGUUUAU